CGAGGAGGAGCGCGCGGACUGCGGGCGGCUGGGGCACCGCGGAAGCGGCGGCGGCGGCUCUCGCAGAGGCGGCCGGGGCAGCGAAAGAUUCUCUCUCCAGGGCUGGACUUACUAACUUUCAAACUGUCCACCGGUGUCACGUCCUGAACAUGAGCCUCCUCCUCUCCUUCUACCUGCUCGGGUUGCUUGUCAGUAGCGGGCAAGAGUUAUUUAAGAGUACCAUGAUGGUGAGAUCUGAUUCAGGAGGACAAGUUUACCUUGAUUAUCACAAUAGGCAGGGACUCUUUGUUGACUGGAAAUACAAUGAAGCACUUUAUCUUGAAGAAGGGCAACCAGAGACUGAUUAUAGGACAGCUCUUCUUCAAGUGACAAUUUCACUUAGCAAAGUAGAGCUUAGUGUGGGAGAAUCUAAAUUCUUCACAUGUACAGCGAUUGGUGAACCUGAAAGUAUAGAUUGGUAUAAUCCUCAAGGAGAGAAGAUAAUUUCAACACAGAGGAUAGUAGUGCAAAAGGAAGGUGUUAGGUCACGGUUAACCAUCUACAAUGCAAAUAUAGAAGAUGCAGGGAUAUAUCGUUGUCAAGCAACAGAUGCCAAAGGACAGACACAAGAAGCUACAGUAGUUUUGGAAAUUUACCAAAAACUCACUUUCAGAGAAGUGGUAUCUCCACAAGAAUUCAAACAAGGAGAAGAUGCAGAAGUGGUUUGCCGAGUUAGCAGUUCACCUGCGCCUGCUGUCAGCUGGUUGUAUCAUAAUGAGGAAGUCACCACUAUUUCCGACAAUCGGUUCGCUAUGUUAGCAAACAAUAACCUGCAGAUUCUCAACAUCAAUAAAAGCGAUGAAGGUAUAUACAGAUGUGAAGGAAGAGUGGAGGCCAGGGGAGAAAUUGACUUCCGUGAUAUCAUUGUUAUUGUUAAUGUGCCGCCAGCAAUCUCAAUGCCUCAGAAAUCUUUUAAUGCCACGGCAGAGAGAGGAGAAGAGAUGACAUUUUCCUGCAGGGCCUCGGGCUCUCCAGAACCUGCCAUCUCCUGGUUCAGGAAUGGCAAACUCAUUGAAGAAAAUGAAAAGUAUAUAUUGAAAGGGAGCAAUACAGAACUGACUGUCAGGAACAUAAUCAAUAGUGAUGGUGGUCCUUAUGUCUGUAGGGCCACAAAUAAGGCAGGAGAAGAUGAAAAGCAAGCUUUCCUCCAGGUCUUUGUACAGCCUCACAUAAUACAGCUUAAAAAUGAAACUACAUUUGAGAAUGGUCAAGUCACACUCAUAUGUGAUGCAGAAGGGGAGCCUAUUCCAGAAAUCACUUGGAAGAGAGCUGUGGAUGGCUUCACGUUCACUGAAGGCGACAAGAGCCCAGACGGCCGUAUCGAAGUCAAAGGGCAGCAUGGAAGCUCGUCACUGCAUAUUAAAGAUGUGAAGUUGUCAGAUUCAGGAAGAUAUGACUGUGAAGCUGCAAGUAGAAUUGGAGGGCACCAAAAGAGCAUGUACCUUGAUAUUGAAUAUGCCCCCAAGUUCAUAUCAAACCAAACAAUUUAUUACUCUUGGGAAGGAAAUCCUAUCAAUAUAAGUUGUGAUGUGAAAUCGAAUCCACCAGCAUCAAUUCACUGGAGAAGAGAGAAAUUAGUCUUACCCGCUAAAAACACGACCAAUUUAAAGACAUAUAGUACAGGAAGAAAGAUGAUAUUAGAGAUUGCGCCUACAUCUGACAAUGACUUUGGACGCUAUAAUUGCACAGCCACUAAUCGUAUAGGAACAAGAUUUCAAGAAUACAUUCUUGCUUUGGCUGAUGUGCCAUCCAGUCCCUAUGGAGUGAAGAUCAUAGAGCUGUCACAGACCACAGCCAAGGUUUCUUUCAACAAACCGGACUCCCAUGGAGGUGUGCCUAUUCAUCACUAUCAAGUGGAUGUCAAAGAAGUAGCGUCAGAAAUCUGGAAAAUUGUACGCUCCCAUGGAGUUCAAACAAUGGUUGUUUUGAGCAACCUGGAACCAAAUACAACUUAUGAAAUCAGGGUUGCAGCUGUAAAUGGAAAGGGACAAGGAGACUACAGUAAAAUAGAAAUCUUCCAAACGUUACCAGUCCGUGAACCAAGUCCUCCAUCCAUACAUGGACAGCCAAGCAGUGGAAAGAGCUUUAAACUCAGCAUCACCAAACAGGACGAUGGAGGGGCCCCUAUUUUGGAAUACAUUGUGAAAUAUAGAAGUAAAGAUAAGGAAGACCAAUGGCUAGAGAAAAAAGUACAGGGAAAUAAAGACCACAUCAUUCUGGAGCAUCUCCAGUGGACCAUGGGGUAUGAAGUUCAGAUUACAGCUGCCAACAGAUUGGGAUAUUCUGAACCGACAGUUUAUGAAUUCAGCAUGCCACCAAAGCCCAACAUUAUUAAAGACACGCUUUUUAAUGGUCUUGGUCUUGGAGCGGUCAUUGGCCUGGGAGUUGCUGCACUUCUUCUAAUUCUUGUGGUAACAGACGUCAGCUGCUUCUUUAUUCGGCAAUGUGGGUUGCUGAUGUGCAUCACUAGGAGAAUGUGUGGAAAGAAAAGUGGCUCCAGUGGCAAAAGUAAAGAACUUGAAGAAGGAAAAGCUGCAUACCUGAAAGAUGGAUCAAAAGAACCAAUAGUGGAGAUGAGAACAGAGGAUGAAAGAAUUACUAAUCACGAAGAUGGGAGCCCAGUAAAUGAGCCAAAUGAAACCACACCACUAACAGAACCUGAAAAAUUGCCUUUAAAGGAAGAAAAUGGGAAAGAAGCUCUAAAUCCAGAAACUAUAGAAAUUAAAGUGUCUAAUGACAUCAUUCAAUCAAAAGAAGAUGACAGCAAAGCAUAACAACACUAUUACAGGGGCUUGAACAACACUACGAAGAGUAUUUGGAUUGCAGUGACCCUAUGACCAAAACUAUUCCAUUGACCUUAAUUUCUUGGGAAACUUCUAGCUUGGAAUAGCUUGUACACAUAUACAUAUGAUCAAAUACUCCUGCCCAUGGUCCAUUUCCUUUUGUUAUUGUUGUUGCUGUUGCUGUUGUUGCUAAUUUUAAGAAUUUCAAUAUCAAGACCUGACUGGCACCAACACUUUGGGUAUUCAAUUUGAUUAUAUGACUGAAGUACUGGAAUUCAUUAUAUGGCUCAAGUGCUCUAUUUAUUAAGAACUAUAUUUAAUACCACCAACAAAUAUAAGGGUUAAGGAAAAAAACGUGAGCUACAUGUGUAAGAAGGCUCUGCAUGUGUAUGAGUCCUAUUCUGGGCAAAUAGAUUCUUAAGGUGGCUUUCAACUUCAAGAUGAAGGCACUUAAUAACGGUUACUCAUUUUAUCAGGGGAAUUUCAGGGAAUAUAGGCUUCAAAGAGCCAGUUUAUCUUUAGCAGAUAUUAAAAAUUGAAAACUUUGAAGAACUCAUUUCAAGCUAUGAUUCGGUGCAUUUUCAACAUUGAUUUUUGAUAGACUGAAGUGCCAGAUCAAAAUUGUUACCCAUUUGAAAGAAUAUUAGUUGUAUAUAAAAUUAGAUUAGAAAGACUUUCUAAAUCUCUAUCUCUUUAUAUAUGUCCUAUUCAUUCACAAUGGAUUAUACACAAAAAAUGUAUUGCAAGUGAAAUAAUAUUGAUUUCUGCCCUCAGCUUCAAAUAAAGUAAAUUGAAAUGGGAACAAUAUCAAUAUGGUGUCUUGAUAUAUUUAUAAAUAUGUGAUUAUCAUUUAUUUUUAAACAACUUAUCAAAAAAGUCUUUAGUGUUCAAAUACUUCAAAUCAUAUCCUCAGAUAUAUUUUUAGCCCAUGGUUUUAUAUAAUCUUUGAGAACUAAUUUUACCACUGUUAUAGGUUCACCAUUAAAUGUAAUUGGCUACUAGAAAUUAAAAUUUUAGGGUUGACUAAAUUAAGAAGAAAUUAUUUAACAUUCUAAUGUGCCAUGAAAGUGUAAAUGAUAAACAAUUACACUUCCGCUAUGUGUUCUAUUCUGGAUGUUCUAGCUAGAAGUCACUUUAAGAUUUUGAUAAACAAAUUGGUUAAAGAAGUUCCUUAAAUAUUCGACACAAACCUUCUGAUAUCUUUUAUUAGGGUUAUACCAGAAUAAAAUGCUUCUUUACUUCCAAGCUAUGCAAGCUCCCAGAGGUGAGAGAGUGACACAUGAUUUAACUUAUAUGUAAGGCUUAAAAAAGUAUUUAUGAUUAUAAACAUUCAUACCACUUGGGAGCAGGUUUACUAACCUUGAGAGCCAAAGGUUUCCUUAGGCCCUGUAACAUUCAGAACCUUUGGUGUUUCAGCUCAAAUAGUGACGGGAUAGGGAAUGUGUUCCAAAAGAAUAUCGGAGCAAUUUUUAGCAUUGCAGAAACCUGCUUUGGGCAUGUCGCUCUGUAGAGAUAACCUGAUGAUUAUUAAAUGUAAAAUUAAGGCAACUCAUGAAUAUUUUUAUUUACGAAGUGCUUGAAACUGUCAGCCAAGGAGAGACAGCUAAGUAAUUUUAUAUAAUUCCUCACUUUUCUGGCUACAGCAGGACAGAAUAUGACCAUCUUCAUUUGAAGGCACCAAAUCGUCGCGGUGUCUUUGCCAUAAAUUGCAGGGUUAAAUGCAGGAAUCUCUCCUUGCGUUCCUGUCUGGCAUAUUCUGAAGAAAAGAACAGAAUUCUUGUGCCUACCUAAGAAUUUGAGAAGUGUCUAAACAAACUAACCAGUUAGGUCAUUUUAACUGACUUGGUUAUCGAACUGGUCUUUGACGGAUGUGACUGUUGUUAUUUAGUUUGUUUGUCUGAUCAUCCAGUUUGCUUUAUUUUGCUGUGUUUUAUUUUGUCAUUUGUUUUGUUUUGUACCAACGUACUAAAACUAGUCAAAAUACUUGAAUUAGUUUGUUUGUGCAAAGUGUACAAGCUUAGUAAAGUGUCCAUGAAGCAAUAGCCAUGAAUGAUAAUUAUUUCUAAAUAGGGCCACAUGGUUUUAAACUAAUGAUGGUGAAAGAAUUAGGAUGACUGAGAAAGUCAUUUCGCAUGUUUACUAUUGUUAUAUUUGUGCUUUACUUCAAGAGUGCAGAAAUCAUAAUAAAUAACAAACUAUUUUUGUCUUUUCUCAAUUUGACAUUUCUGUUUCUCUCAUUUAUUUGGAUUUUCCUUGUAAAGAAAUUGACAUAUAUUUCAUAUACAUAUAUAUAUAGUCUAUAUAUAUAUAUGAUGUUAAAUUUCCUGCCACUCAUGUGGAGUAAUGAUCUGAAAUUAAUAGAUAAUCUGAAGCUAAUUAUAGUCAGACUAUUUCAAGUGCACUGUUUCAGUUGCCCGAGUGGUCCUUACCUCUUGUCCUUGAAAUCCAUGCCAUGCUAAAGCACGGCAAUACUGUGAUAAAGUAUUUUUUUUAAUAUUUCAAUGGAAUGCUCCAAAUGAUUUAUAAGAAUUUCAAAAUAAAAGCUGGCUUGUAGUAAAAUGUAAAAUACGAGUAGAACUGAAAUAACCUGUUUCAUUCUCAUUCUAGAUUAAACAUAUACAUAUAACCGUAUAAAUGUUAUUUUUAUUGUCUGAGAGUACUCUUAAAUAUUAGUAUGAAGUGUCAAAAAGAAUUGACUGAAUAUAAGUACUGUUAAAAUAAUUUGAACCCUGUGAUAUUUUAAACCAAGAGGCAAAGAUAUCACCGAAAACUUGGUAUUUCUUGAUAAGUUAGGUGCAAUUAGGCAGUGACAAUCUAUAUUCAACAACAUAUAAGAGGAAGGAGUAAUAUCAGAAUUUUAACAUAUAUUUUGUUUUCAAAACUGGCACAAAUUCAUAUGUCAACAUAUUUUACAAUAAUUGUCAAAGGAAUUUAAUUAAGAAUUGUAUUUUUAAAGAUUUAUUUAUUAUUUUUUGUGGGAUAAGACAUUGCCAUUCUAUUGAUACUAACGUCUAACAUUAAUGUAUUGUUUCUUGUUUUCUUUUAUUUUUAAUAUUAAUAACUAUAAAAGCAUUUUUCAAAGGCUAUUAGAUCCAGCACACUUCAUAUGGAUCUUAGUCUUUGAAUUAAAUAUUUAUAUAAAUAGAUUUUAUUAAUCAAAUUAUUUAUUUGUGUGCCAAUAAUUAAUUGUAACUUUAUGAUCAUACCUAUGUUUACGCUUAUUUUAAAUAAUUAAGAUGUAUCUGUGCCUUUUAAUUAGCAUGACAUUCUGCUUUAUUAAAAGAAAAAACUACAAUUAACGUCAUUACUAGUAUAUUUUGCUUAGAUUUGAGAUACUCGAAUGAUGCUGUCUUAUUUACAGUCAGUAAAUAAGUUCAAUUCAAACUAUUUACCUUGAAUAUAAAAUCUAGAUAUAAUAAACUAUACUGUAUAAUUUACUUUAAUUCAUGUCAAAAUAGUUCUUUUUAUACACACACAUGAAAUAUUCUUAAUUUGUUCUGUAUUGUUUUUCUAAACAAUAAAUACAUUUUAGAUAUUAUUGAAAUUAAACUUUGCCAGUUGUAAGACAAAGACAACAGAUAACUUUUGAAAAUCAAGCAAAUUACUGUGGUGUUUCUUGGGUCUUCAUUAUUUCCAUUUAUAUAUAUUUUAUUUAGAAUAAUAAAUCAACCUUUAUUUUUUGGCAAUAAGAUUAUCACAGAUGAAAAUAUGUACAGCUCAAGUGGUAGAAAUAAUAUUUUCCAUUAGUUAAUUUAGGAAAUAUUGGAAUAGCAUAUUAGAAUUAUUUAUGAGGUUCACAAUGUUCCUUUUCACAGAAAAUAAGAUAAACAUUUGACUUAAAUCCCACAUGAAGUUUUUUCAUACUCAUACUCAUAAUCAUAAUCACAUAAUGUUCUUAUUCAACAAGCUUUGUAUCUGGAAAUAUUUUUAACAAUAAGUUUGCUAGCAUUAUUGAUUUAUCUUUAGAGAGAAAAUAUUUGCAUUUCUUUAUUAACCCCUUGAAGCAUUAAUACUUAGUCACUCACAUUGAAAUUGCAUAUGGAUGUAUCAACGUAGGCUAAAAUUAAAUUAUGGAUGUCACAGAAAUGAAAAACUUCAUCUUAAAAGGUAAAAUUUUCAAGAAAGUAUUUUAUUCAUGGACUUAAUAAUGUCUUAAGAUGAAACAAUUAUAUGUUCAAAUGAGAAAUUUAUAAAAAGACCCACAUAUAGUAAUCGCUGAACAAACAUAAUUUUCUUCCAGCUCCCAUCCUUCCUUUUUGAAGAAUUGAAUUUACCCAUGUAGAUGCAGCUAUUUAAAAUUAUACAAGAAUGUUAAAAAUGAAUUAUUUCCUCUCAUAUAAAGGCAAAGAAUUUUAUAUUAUAUAUAAUGCUAAAUAUUUAUUUGAUAACACACCUAAUAUUCUUAGAAAAAUAGUUUAUUACUCACUUUAGGAUUUUACCUAUAACAUAAAUAUAUUAUUUGAUAUUACCUCUUUAAAUUUUCAUUUUACACAAUUUUUGAGAUUCUGGCUACACACAACAUUCAGAAUUAUUGCUCAUGUAAAUUUAAGUAUUGCUACUUAUUUUUUUCUUUUCUGAAAUGAAAACAUGUAUCUUUUGGCAUCUGUUUUCAGCCUCCCAUGGAAGACAGUAAGCAGAACCAUUACUGUUGGAGAAUUUCAGAUCACAACCCGACAUAGGAGAUUAGAGAAACAAAGAAAUGAGUGGAUCUAGAAAGGCAAACUGAGUUGCUAUAUUUGGAAUAGCUAGAAAGGACCUGACUUUGAGAAGUGCUAGACCAGGGAAUAGGACCAUUGCUUGGAUAAAAAUUAUGGCCCAUUACACUGAUGCAAAGGAGAAAACAGUGUAACACAGAGGACAAAGUUAACAAAGAUAGAAUCUAUGAUUUGAUUUUGCAAAUAGUUUUUUUAGAGAACAACAUGCAUACUAUAAAAUAAACAAUACUAUUAAGAACAAACCUAUUUGUUCCAACUCUUAAAGAAAUAUUCAUGGUUUAGCAUUUGCCUCUAAACCCUGUUAGAAAUAUGUGGAGUUAGAAAUAAAGGUUUUUUUUUUUUUUUAAAAAAAAAAAAAAAAAAAACAUUUUUGGUAUGUGAACUGUAUGCUGUGCUCAGUAUGUACUGAAACAUAUUAUCUUUUAUUUUCUUUAAUUUAUAUAUUCCAUUCAAAUUCUAUAUUCUUAAGUUAGCUAUCACAACGUUUUCUUAUUGUUUCAAUAUGAUAUGUCCCAAUGAAAUGCUGUAUAUAUAUGUCUAAACUGUAAAAAUUAUACUGCAAAUGUUGAAGUUUUGUAUUUAUGAGAGACAUUGAAAGUAUGGCUUACAGUAUAUCAAACUUGUCACACUUUACCAUUUGUAUAUUAAUAGUAAAGAUACUUUUACUUUAA